AUGGACACGGAGAUUAAGGAGCGGCGGGCGACGCAGCGACGCGCGAGAGAGGCGCUCGGUCCGAGCGUGGCGCCGGACGAGGUGCGAGAUACCGCGGCGGAGCGGCAGACGGAUAAGAUGAUGAUAGCGAUGAAUAAAAAGUUGAAGAAGCAGCCGGGAGGAGCGACGGAUGUCGUGCGCGGGACGAACAACCCGGAGAGCUUUCCUCAGUUUGUCGAAAACGUCUUCACGGCGGCGUUUUUGGUCAAGGAUGGUAACGCUGGCAUCGUGCCUUCGGCUACGGGCGGUGCGCCGACGCUUUCGCACACGACGCCACCGGCGAGCGGAAACGAUCGUUCGAGUUUCGUGUUGCACAUGGAUAUGGGGAACUGGCGCGCGCUGAACGCGAUGUUGGGCGGCACGGACGGUUGCAUGAUGCCGACGAGAGAGGAUGUGGACGAAGACGUUCUCUACGGCGCGCGCGCGAAAGACGAACGUCACGAAGUCACCCCCAAACGCGAACGCAAGCGCGUUCGCGCCGACGACAACGGCGACACCGCGCUGGGCUUGCACGAUACCACCAAUUACAGAAACGUGCGAGAGUCGUUUUCCGUCUCAACGUAG